UUGAAAAUUGUUAAUUUUUAUUUGUCCAUUGAUAUCUUAGAUUUAGGUAUAGUAUAUAUAUGGUAUAAUCUAGAAAAGAUAAUUACAUCGGAUGUCCUCGGUUUUCUUCGGUUAUUUACGAAAUUAGACGGAAUGAUACGAACUUCCCACCUGUUCCAUGCUUGCGUUAUUCUUAAAUUGCAACUGUAUGUCGUAAUAUUGAUAAUAACAAUGGAUGUUUUAAAUAAAAUAUUAAAUUCUGAAAUUUCAAUUGAUGAAAUUUUAGAGUGGCUAUCUGCAAAUGAAAAUGAGAAUAUUAAUUUUUCCAACAACGCGCAAAUUAAUUCAACACCUACCGAAUUUAUCUUAUGUUUUCUCGAUUAUUUGAGAAAACAAUGUCAAGGGGCACUAGAUGUUGAUAUUCAUAAUACUGUAGAAAGUCAAGUUAAAAAAAAUAUCCCAAAUACACCAUCAAAACAAAACGAGAGUGUUAACAGAACCAGUAGUAAUAUAAGCUUGGAACAUAACAAACAAUUGAAAUUAUCAUCAGUGUGUACAGGUAAUCAAAAUAGUUCACUGGGAUUUCACUCUCCUGACACCAAAAUUGCAAAUAUAAGUAACAAUAUUCAACUGACGAGUACACCAGUGAAAACCAUUCAUCAAAUAACCCAGUCUGCUGAAUCUACUAACUUGAACACCACUGAUAAAUCGGAACCUAGGCAUACUAUUGAUUGUAUGUCUAGUUUUAAUGAAUUAUCCCAAUCUUUUAGUCCAAUCAUCAAACAUAGCCGUCCACAAUGGAGCAAUGAAGAUCAUUCUUUUGGUAACCCUGAAUUUUCCGUCAAUCGCCAAAGCACAUUAAACAUAUCCCCACACGUAAGACAGCCUACAAUAAAUGACUCUGUCCAUUCUAACACAUCUAUAGAUACAAGUGUUAACCCUUGCAGUCCUGUUUCACCUUUAUAUACCGGUUAUAUUCCAUCAAUAUCUAAAAAAAAAAAUUAUGUCGCUAUAAGACAAAGAGCUACUGGAAAAGAUAUAAAUAAAAGUUCUCAAUCUAAGCAAAAUACUGAUAAAAAAAAAAAUGAUCAUAGUCGUAGUAUUUGUUUCGGAGAUUUUAUUGCUCCAGAAAAAAGUAAUUCUAAAAAAAAUAAUAAAAAAAACAGUUCAAAAGAUCAGGUUUUGACACCACAAUCUACUCAUGAAACAGAGCCUUUGCAAAAUAAAUCAUUAACAGAAAAUACUAAAAAUAAAUCUAAAUCAAGGCGCCGUAUUAAGCCAACAAAAUUGAAUCUUUCAUCUGAUACAGCAAAUCAAGAGGAGGUUUUUGGUGCAGUGAGUAGACCACGAAUAGUUAAUCCACAAUUUGUAGAAGCACAACCGAAUGAUAAAUCAAAUGAAAUAUCAUCUUUUGAAACUGAAAGAGAAUUAUUAAAAUUGGAAAGACAAAAACAACCAAAAGUUGAUGCUUUUACAGAAGGAAGUAGUCAGGAAGUGAAAUGUGUCAUUAAAUCUCUUAAACCAUCUUCAUUUGUCGUUCCUCAAUUAGAAUUUGUUGAUAAUAUUGAAGUGCUAAAUAUCUUAGGAAAACUUUAUGCAUCUCUUCUAUGUAAAAAUUUUAUUUUAAAUCCUAUGUCAGAAUUAUAUUUUAUUAUUUCUUUAAUUACAUUUCAAUAUAAAUCAUUAGUGGAUGAAAAUGAAAGCCCAAUAACAUAUUUAAACUCAGGAAGCAAUAAUUCUGAUUCGUUAGAUAGAUUAAAAAAAAAUUUAGGAGUUUCUGAUAUCGUUGAAGAUAUAAAUGAAAUAAGUUGCAACAACGAGUCUCAAAAAAAUAUCGAUGAUUCAGAAUUGUCAGCUUGUGAAUUGGUCGACAAAAAGAAAAUUGAACAAUCUCAAGAUGAACCAAAUUACCUUAAUACAGCUCAUAAUUGUAUUUAUUUUGCGACAACAACUCUUUUUCAUGGAAAAAGUUUAUUAUCGGUAUUAGAUCGAGCAGCUUUAAAGUUGCUCUAUGAUAAUACAUUGGUAGUAGCAUUCCAACCAGCACUUCGAGAAUAUUUGAAAGAAUUAUACACACUUAAAUGUUUACGUUCUAAACAAUGUAAACCAUAUAAUGACGCGAGCACAUUGCAGACGAAUGUUUGUUUCCAAAUGGACACAGAUAAUCGAGAAAAUUUUCCUUCAUCUUUAGCAUUCUCUACGUUUAGAAAACAACGUGAUUUAUUCUAUGAAAUUUUAAAGAUAUGGGAAGAUAAUCAUUUACUACCAAAUUGGUCUUUUCAUACAGCAUUAGAAAGGAAAAUAAAUACACUAUUAUCAAUGCAUCAUGAUGUUAUUAACUAUUAUCAUAUAGCGCGAUUGUUGAAAUCUCAAUUAUUAAUAUCAUCUAUGCAAAUUAGACAAAAGCAGGAACAACUGGAUGAUGACCAAACUUCAAAUGUUUUAAAAUACUUGAAAGGUUUAGAUCCAGAAAAGCUGAAACAAUUAAAGGAACGGUUAGUUACUCCAACCUCAUCAAAGGGACCAGUCCCGGAACCUGAAUUUCUUGGCGUUCAAGAAUUUUAUAGAGAUUUUAUUUCAGCAUCGUUUAAUCCAAAAUUUAAUGUUAUUUUGCAAAAUUGUUUUGUUCAAGAAAUUAUAGAAUUAAAUGAAACACAAUUUGCAUGUAGCGAUAUCGAUACAAAAGAAAAUUCAGUGGAUGAAAGCACGAAGCAAAAUUAUAUUAUUUGUUUAUCAAGUCUAAGAGUAAUGGCAAAGUUCUUAGGUUUUAUUAUAUCAUUGCCAUUUCGGUCAGAAGUUAAAACAUUAGAAUCAAUAAAUACACAGAUUGCUUUGCGGAGUCGCGCCCUCCCACCAUUGGAUUUACAAGAAUGUUUAUCAAAUUCUAUGAAAAAUGGUAAACUUUCGCUAACUAUUCCGUGGUUGGUUCAAUAUCUUGCUAUGAUGGAUUCAGUAGCAUUUCAUUUACCAUAUUAUUUGAAACUAUGUAAAAUACUUUAUUGUCUAUAUCGUACAGCAUACAAUUCGUUAAAUCAAGAAACAUCAUUGUUGAUAACAUUCUGCAUUGGUUGGCUCUUUGAUCUUCCAAAUUUUCCGAAAGAACUUUAUUAUAACUGGUACUCAAAUUACAAUAGUGUAAAAAUUGAAACGAAACCAUUUUUAAUUAUUAGUAAAUCAAUUGAAACUUCAAAAUUGACGGAUAAAACGUCGAAAAAUGUUACUGGAUGUAAUAUAAUUUUAGAUGGAAUGAAAAUAAUUGACGAUAGAGCUUUAUUUAUUAGUUGUGAAUUUUUAACGGAAUUCAAAGUUUUAUUAACAGCUGGGAAUUCAAGUAUACAUAGCGGUAAUAAUGCCAAUCGGCACAUUACACCGGUCUCUAGCCAAUUAUCUAAACCAACACAUGCUGCAAGAACAAUAACUUUAGAGUUACAACUAGAAAAUGCCUUUUUUCAUAGCCAACCACGCUCAAUAAAAAAGACGGUUGAUUUUGUUUCUGAAAGAGUCGCUUCAACUUGUGUUAAAUAUAUUUGCAAAUUUAUAAUAACGCCGAUCAAAGAAAAAAGUUACAAAACAUGGAAAAUACAAAUCAGUAAGAAGCCAAGUGAACAAAUCGUUGCCACGGAUGAAUUGUUUCAGCAUAUAACAGUUGUUACACAUGAAAUUAGUAAAGAAUGUAAAAAAAAAAUUCCUGCUAUGUGUGAGACAAGGAUAAAAAAUUCCAUAGAAUCUUUGUUAGCUGAAGAUAUUUUAGAAUCUGUAAAAAAUAUGUGCAUCAAAAUUGCUAAGAAAAUGGCAAUGGAACGAAUAAAUCAGUGGAUUGAAUCUUAUAUCAAUGGUGUAACUAUGUCCAAAGAUAUGUAUGAAGAAUUUGUAAAUAAAAAAUCAUUCGAUUCAGACGAGGACUCAAAAAAUAUGCAAAAGAGUAAAUAUGACUCAAGAUAUCCUUCUUCAACUACAGUAAUUAAUGAUGUACGCAAUUCAAUGUGGGAAUUAAUGGAACAAAAUGGAAGGUGGUCUAUAUUAACUGAAGAAAAAAUUUUAUUGAUUAUUGGUAGUGUACAAUCAAUAUUGUUGGGAAACAAUGAAUUAGUGAUGUCAACUAAAAAAGUUUUAUGUAUAAUAAGUAUUGAUUAUGCUAUACAUAUAAUAGUUUUUAAAGCAGAAUUAAUGACAACUAACAUAGAAAAUAAUUUUAUAAAGUUGUGGAAAUUGUAUAAAAAUAUUAAUGAGUUGUUAUCAGGAUUAUUGAGUCCUCGAAAUAUCAAACUUCUAAUGCAAGCUUAUGAUGCCACAAUUUGGAGAAGAUAUGGAAGAUUUAUACAAAAAUUAUUAGCAGAAAAUAUAUUAACAAUUGAAAAUUUCAGUGAUCAGUGUGUUGCCUUUUUCAGACUUGAAUGGCCUGGCUAUGUUUUGAAAUAUAUUCCAAAUUGUUUAUUGGAAGCGAUUAGUCAUUAUAAUAGUUCAAACGAACACACUGAAAAAAUUAAAUAUUUAAUUGGUUGGCUCGCUGGGACUUGCCCCGAAUUAAGCUACAAUUAUGGAUAGUAGAAUAAGUAUUUUAAUUUUAUUUUUUCAUAACUAAUUAGGUAAACUUGAAAAAAAUAUUUGUACAAAUAAGUAAUUGUAAAUUAAUAAAUUGACAAAAAAUAUAUUUAA